AUGCGAACACGUUCUCAGGCUCGUAAGGAAGCAUUAAUUAAGGAAGAAACGAUAGAGAUUGAUGCGAUGGUUGAUCAACCACCAGCUGUGAAUAUUCCUAAGGCUCUGAAGGCUUUCUCUGAGCCUAAAAUCGAUGACAUUCAAUCGAGCAUUGUCAGGCCAGCAAUUCAGGCCAACACUUUCGAGAUCAAACCGAGCACUAUUCAGAUAUUCAAUGGUGUUACGGACGAUGCCAUCAGAUUGAGGUUGUUCCCAUUUUCUCUGAGGGAUAAAGCUAAAGGAUGGUUGCAUUCUCUUCCUGCAGGAUCUAUUACGACAUGGGAGGAUCUGGCUCAGAAAUUUCUUACUAAGUUCUUCCAUAUGGCUAAAACCGCUGCAAUCAGGAAUGCUAUCACUCAAUUCUCUCAGUUGUCUGGUGAAACUUUAUGUGAAGCUUGGGAACGCUACAAGGAGAUGCUUCGGAAGUGCCCACACCAUGGGAUGCCUGAUUGGAUGGUUAUUAAUUGCUUUUAUAAUGGGUUGGGUCCUCAAUCGAGGCCAAUGCUCGAUGCUGCAUCAGGCGGAGCUCUAUGGGCUAAGAGCUAUGAUGAGGAAGUGAAGGAACAGGUACAGGCUGUCACCUUGAGGUCCGGAAAGGUUACGAAGGAUGAAGAACCAGCAACAGAGCGAAACAAGGAAGAGAGUGAUCAACAGGUUGAAACACCCGUGCUCUAUUCUGAGUCUGAUAGUGGAAAAACUGUUGUUGAGGCUGACAAGAAUAAGGUCAACGAGGAAGCAAGCAAGGAAUCAACCGAAAAGUCUAGCCCGAAAACUGAUACUGGGGUCAAGCAAGCUCUAGAACAAAUGCCGAGUUAUGCUAAAUUCAUGAAAGGUAUUCUAUCUCGAAAACUUAAACCUGAGGAAUUGGAGACUGUGGCUUUGACCGAGGAGUGUAGUGCUGUGUUGCAACAGAAAUUGCCCCCGAAGCUGAAAGAUCCGGGAAGUUUCACAAUCCCGUGUACGAUUGGGCAAUUGUCGUUCGACAAGUGCUUGUGUGAUUUGGGAGCUAGCAUAAAUCUGAUGCCCUUGUCUAUUUUCUUGCAACUUGGUCUUCCGGAGCUGAAACCUACUAAUAUGUCUUUGCAACUGGCUGAUCGUUCGAUUACAUACCCAAGGGGGAUAGUUGAAGAUGUGUUGGUAAAGGUAGAUAAGCUAAUCUUCCCUGCUGAUUUUGUCAUUCUCGAUUUUGAGGAAGAUAAGAAGAUUCCCAUCAUCUUGGGGAGACCAUUCCUUGCGACGGGGCGGACUUUGAUUGAUGUUCAAAAGGGUGAACUCACAAUGAGAGUUCAAGAUCAGAUGGUUACUUUCAAUGUGUUCAAUGCCAUUAAACUUCCAUCAGAUGAGGAGGAAUGCUUUAAAGUGGAUAUGCUCGAAGCUGCAGCCCAUUCGGAAAUUGAUAACAGGCUGAAAACUGACAUCUUGGAAAGGGUUAUAUCCGGUGACUCAGAAUUCGGUGGUGAGGAGGAAGAAGAACACCUUCAAUACUUGAAUGCUUCUCCUUGGAGAAGACGGUUGGAUCCUCCAAUUGAAUCUCUUGGGUUAUCGGAAUUGAAAGAUUCUCAUGAACGGCUGAAACCCUCUAUUGUUGAAGCUCCUAAACUUGAGCUUAAGCAGCUUCCCGAACACCUAAGGUAUGCCUUUCUUGGCGAAGCUUCUACAUUACCUGUAAUUAUUGCAUCUAACCUUUCAGGUAUCGAGGAAGAAAAGCUUUUGAGAAUUCUUAGGGAGUUCAAAUCAGCCAUUGGAUGGACUAUUGCAGAUAUCAAGGGAAUCAGCCCUUCUUAUUGUCAACAUAAAAUUCUGAUCGAGGAGGGUAGUAAACCCACUGUUGAGCAUCAAAGAAGACUCAACCCAAUCAUGAAAGAAGUGGUGAAGAAGGAGAUUCUUAAGUGGCUUGAUGCCGGCAUUAUUUAUCCAAUCUCGGAUAGUUCUUGGGUGAGCCCUGUUCAGUGUGUGCCUAAGAAAGGAGGCAUGACCGUGGUAGCUAAUGAGAAGAAUGAGCUCAUUCCGACUCGUACAGUCACAGGUUGGAGAAUAUGCAUGGACUAUCGGAAGCUCAAUAAAGCCACCAGAAAAGAUCACUUUCCGUUGCCUUUCAUUGAUCAGAUGCUUGAUAGGUUGGCCGGUCAUGAGUACUAUUGUCUUCUUGAUGGGUAUUCAGGGUAUAAUCAGAUUUGUAUCGUACCAGAGGAUCAGGAGAAAACCACUUUCACUUGCCCGUUCGGCACAUUUGCUUUCCGUCGUCUUUCUUUUGGACUUUGUGGUGCAUCAGCAACUUUUCAGAGAUGCAUGAUGGCUAUUUUCUCCGAGAUGAUUGGUACCAAUGUUGAGGUGUUCAUGGAUGACUUUUCUGUGUUCGGUUCUUCUUAUGAUGAAUGCCUGAACAACUUGACGAUGGUGUUAAAAAGAUGUGUGGAAACUAAUCUCGUUCUUAAUUGGGAAAAAUGCCACUUCAUGGUUCAAGAAGGCAUAAUUCUUGGGCAUAAAGUUUCGAACAAGGGUCUUGAGGUGGACAAAGCUAAGGUGGAGACAAUUGAAAAUCUGCCUCCACCAAUUUCAGUAAAGGGGAUUCGGAGUUUUCUUGGUCACGCGGGUUUCUAUCGACGGUUCAUCAAGGAUUUCUCUAAAAUCACCAAACCCUUGUGCAACUUGUUAGAAAAGGAUGUGGCCUUCAAAUUUGAUGGAGAGUGUUUGGCGGCGUUUGAAACUCUCAAGAAGAAAUUGACCACAGCACCGGUUAUUACUGCACCUGAUUGGAAUGAGCCUUUCGAGAUGAUGUGUGAUGCUAGUGACUAUGCGGUGGGAGCUGUGCUUGGUCAGAGAAAGAACAACAUCUUUCAUGUGAUUUACUAUGCUAGUAAGACUCUCAAUGGUGCUCAGCUGAAUUACACUACUACGGAGAAGGAGUUGCUGGCUAUUGUGUAUGGAUUCGAGAAAUUCAGGUCUUAUUUGCUUGGGACGAAGGUGUUGGUUUACACUGAUCAUGCUGCCAUUCGGUAUUUAGUGUCGAAGAAAGAUUCGAAACCUCGUUUGAUUCGUUGGGUUCUCUUGCUUCAAGAAUUCGAGUUGGAAAUUAAGGAUAGAAAGGGCACUGAAAAUCAGGUGGCUGAUCAUCUUUCUCGGUUGGAAGACGAAGCGCGAGCAUCCAAAGACACCACCUUGAUCAACGAGUCUUUUCCUGAUGAACAGCUAUUUGGGAUUCAAGAAGAAGAGCCAUGGUUCGCUGAUAUAGUUAACUAUUUGGUGAGUAAUGUCAUACCUCCCGAUUUGUCUUAUGCUCAAAGGAAAAAGUUUCUUCAUGAGGCGAAGUGGUAUCGUUGGGAUGAGCCAUUCUUGUUUCGACAAGGUUCUGAUCAGAUUAUCCGAAGGUGCAUUCCAUACAGUGAGAUUGAAGGCAUCUUGCAAGCUUACCAUGACUCUACUUAUGGAGGACACUAUGGAGGACAGAAGACAGCAGCUCGUAUCUUGCAGGCGGGUUUCUUUUGGCCUACACUCUUCAAGGAUGCUCAGCAGUUUGUGUUGAAAUGCGAUCGUUGCUAAAGGGUUGGUAAUAUCUCUCGAAGGGAUGAAAUGCCUCUCAAUGUACUUCUUGAGGUAGAAAUCUUCGAUGUGUGGGGUAUAGACUUCAUGGGACCCUUUAUCUCAUCUUGCAAUAAUCUCUACAUUCUUCUCGCUGUGGAUUACGUGUCUAAAUGGGUCGAAGUCAAGGCUUUACCAACCAACACCGCUG